AUGUGGGCUGACGAUCAAUUACGCUUAUUAAUCACCGAAAGAAGAAAUAGAAAUGUCGAGUACUACGAAAUCCCUGGAAGUAGUAGGGUGGAUUUUUGGAAUAAUAUUGCGGAUAUAAUUAAUAGGAGAUUUAGUACCAACUAUAUGGGAUAUCAAUGCAAGGGUAAAUUUCAAAAUCUUGUAAGGGAUCACACUGGCAUAGAACCAGAACCGGAGUACGAUACUUUGAGGAAUUCCGCUCACGUUUUUGAGAGAGACCGGUUUGAUCAAAUACAUAACAUAAACGCAUUCUCGAGAAGAAGAGAAGAAAGACGGCGAAACCACACUCCACCACCAACCUACGAAGAAGUUUCAUCAAUGAUAAAUAUGAGUCGUCGUGAAUCUCCCACUAGUCAAAGGGAUCGAUCUGCAUCCCCGACCUGGAGAAAUCUCACCAGAAGAGACGAAACUACUAAUCAAGAUAAUGUAAGUAAUGUAAAUGAUGCAGAUAGGAAUUCAGGCCAUAACACUAAUGAUGUAGCUAGAAAUUUAGAUAAUGCGAUAUACUCAUCUUUAACUAAUUUGGCAAAUACUACUUCAACCCCUAACAUAUCUGCAUCACAAAAUGAUAGUGAUAUUAGUAUGGCCGAUGUAGGGGGUAGUCAACCAUUGGAACCUAUAAAUGAGGUGGAAAGUUAG